AUGCCUCCCGAGGAUGACUGUCCCUUGAUCUAUGGCGCAAAGCCGGGCUACGCCGAGUUCGCGCUCGACUGCCUUGCUCGCAAUCGUCCUGCAAUCGUUAAAUCGCACCACUUGGUCUCUCGAUGGCCUGCCACUCGACGUUGGCGGUGCAAAGAUGGCACGCUGAACUCGGACACGCUCGAGCAAGACUGCGGACAUCACUCGGUCACUGUGGCAGACUGCAGCCGGCGUGAUUUCAGCGAUCACGUACGACUUGAGCGCACACUGUCAGAAGUGCUCACUCUCUGGCGUGAAGGGGCAGGCCAGUCACUCUACAUCAAGGACUGGCACCUCGCCCAGGCUGAAGACAGUGUCGCGCCCGCUCAAAAGCACUCACGCUUGUCGUCCAGCUUCUACGAGGUCCUGGAUCUCGUCGAAGAUGAUUGGCUCAAUCGUUACUAUCUGUCGACCACAAAGGACGAUUUCAGAUUCGUCUAUCUCGGCCAGGCAGGAACGCUGACACCUGUCCACCGCGACGUCUACUGUUCAUACAGCUGGUCCACCAAUAUCGUUGGCCGAAAGCGUUGGUGGCUCUUUCCACCUGCCCAAGCGCAAUGGCUCCGGCAAGGCUCUCAGACCAUCUUUGACUACAGAGCUAUCGACCCGACAGCUUUUCCGAAUGCACAUCGUCUCUGCCCGUACAUCAUCGAGCAAGCUCCGGGCGAGACCAUCUUUGUACCCUCAGGCUGGUACCACCAAGUCGAGAAUCUCGAUCUUUGCCUGUCCAUCAAUCACAAUUGGCUCAACUCGUAUUGCCUCACGAAUGUAUGCAGAGCGAUCAUUGACAAGGUCGAAGAAGUCCAGCUCGCGCUUGCAGAUGUCAAGGAUCUCCUCGAGACGCGCUCGGGCGACCCAAACUGGCAGCUACAAUGGCACGAGGUCGUACAGAGACUCGUCGAGCAAGAUAGCGGUUGGAGUUGGACAACGUUCUGGCAAAUGGUCGACCACAAUUCAUCGAUAGACGUUCAGCAGGAUCCGGUCUCUCCGUCCUUGCGACCAGCUGACUCUUUCGUUGCCGAGCAAAUCGCGCGAUGCCGUGCAAUGUACUCGACACGGCCGGAGUCGCAGAUAAUUGCAAUAUGA